GACAGGAACAGACAAUUGACAUAAUCAACGUGACGUGAAAGUAAUGACAGCAAAUGGUUUGUGUAUACAGUCCCUACUUUUUAGUGAAAAAAUGAAUAUUUAAAAAUAUAUUUGCCCAGAAUUUCUGGUAUUUAUUUACCUAAAUAGUGUCUAUAUGAUAAUCUAAUAGUGUAAUCAGUUAAAAUAUGUGGUGUUGGAUUAACUUAAUUAUUAGUUGUCAAAGGUGAACCGCUACAAAUGGCGUCGGACAUUGAGGCUUCUUGUGAAAAUGAUCCGAAUUUCGCAGUUAUUUGUGCAUUUUUAGAGAAAUUCGGUUCUCAAUGUGGUCUACCAAAUUUAGACUUCCUCGAGUUGCAAGGGAUGCUCGAAAACACAGACGAAGUUCAUCCUGAACUUGUCAAUCUUUUUCUGAAGCUUCUGAGAAGGGUGAAGAAAGCUGUGAAGAAUGAUAAGUGGGAAAAGAACCUAGCGAUGAUAUGUCAUAAUUUCAACAUCCAGGAUGCAUGGGAAAUUGAAAGGUUUGGAUAUAAGAAAGCUAAGCUGACAUCAAAAGUUCGUGUUCUUAAGGAGUUGCUGGAAAUGCAGUUUGAUUAUCAUGUUAAAUUUAAAAAUGACAUCAACAAACUAUCUGCAGACGAAUUGAGAUCACAGCCAUUGGGCAGAGAUAAAGCUGGACAUAACUAUUGGUUUCAAUCUGAUGAUAAUUACCAAAUCAGAGUGUACAAAGAAGAUAUUGAUGAUGAAACCUGGAGUCUAAUAGCAAAAGAUAGAGAGAGUUUGGUGACUCUUAUAUCAAAAUUAAGUGAUGGCGACUAUAAAAUUAGUUCAGAUUCUGCAGUAAAUGAAGAUAGCAACUCAUUGUCAGAAAAACCAAUCAUAGAUACUGGUCAGACUGAUGAGGACUCUACAAAAGUGAAUGGUAAUAAAGAAAGUGUUGAAGAAAAGAAAGAAGACAGCUCUAAGGAGCUUAAGGAACAACAGAAAGAUACUACAAAAGAAGAGCAAAAAGAAACUAAAGAAAUCAAAGAUAAAAGUGAGGUAGAAAAUAAGAACGAUGAUAAGAAAGAAUCCCAAGAAGAUAGUAAAAAAGUUAUUAAAGAUACUGAUACAAAUAAGGAAACAAAAGAGCCUGAAAAAGUUGAAGAAAAAUCUAAACCCCUUUUAAGAAUUAAAAAUCUCAAUGAAUUAUUAGAAGGUGAUGCAAAAAGACCAAGGCUAGAUAAUGAAGAUAUGAGAUUAGGGAUGGAAUGUAAGGUAGUAUUAACACAAGAAGUAAUCGAUCCAGUGGUAAUCGUGAAAGGUGAAGGUUCAGGUGCUGACAAUGAGGCUUUUCUUUCUCCAAUAGUAGGAGAGGAAAUAGAAGAAGAGGUUGUUUAUUUUUAUGGUGAAAGUAACGGAGCUGACUGUGAGACUGGUAAUGAUGAAAUAGUAGUGGAAAAAAGCAAUGAUAGUAAAACUGAUGACAGUAUUAAAUCUAAUUUAGUUAUAAAUAAAGACAAUAUAGAAAUACAUAAAGAAGUUCCUUGUAAAUUGGAUGAUGUAGGAAUAAAUAGUAAGACUGACAAUAAUAGUACUAAUGAUUCUGUAAAUUCUGAAGAUAACGCAUCAAAUGAUGAAGCAGCUAAAUCACCGAAAGAAAAUUCUAAGAAAAGUUCUUUCUUUUUUGGUUCACCUGCAAAAAACACCAUUUCUCAAUCCUUAACUGUAGGAUUUGGGACGAAUUGCCAAGAAAAAGAGAAAAAUUGUACUAAUGUAGAGGAAAACAUAAAAAACGAAGAGGUUAAGAAGGAAAAAUUUGAAAUAAAUCAUAACAAAAAUGAAGAUAGCAAAAUAUCAGAUAAAGAAGAAGAAAUAAAUGUAAAUACGGAAAAUGAUAACAAUUCAGUACCUGUUAAAGAGGAACUUUGUGUAAAGAAAGUAGCUUACAUCUGUGGAAAAGAUGAAAAAGAUGACGAAGAAGAAAAAAAUAAAAAAGAGAAUACAGACAAUAAGCAAACUGAAAAAGAAGAAAUAUCUAAACCCGUGAAAGUUUCUAAAUUAGUAAAGGACCAAUCUUCUAAAAAGGAAGAUAGUCCUGUUGAUAAUAAUAAUGAAAAUAAAAACCCAGAAAAAAAAGAGGUUGAUAAAGAAGAUGAAGUACCUCCAUCAGAAAAAGUUGAGGAAUUACCAAAAAAGUCUUUGCGAUCAGUGAGAAGUAAAAAGGUAGCAAAUGCUACAAAUGAGAGUUAUGAGUCACAACCAGAGCCUUCUGUAGUAAAGGAUGUUUCCACUGAAGUAGUAUAUAUAAAAGGAAGGAGAACUAGGCAAAAGAAAAAAGAAAAUGAAGUAACACCUGCCGUUAAUAAAAAACCCAAACUAACCAAAGAAAAUAAUGGGACAGACUCGGAUGUUGAUACCACUCAUAAAAAGGGAAAAAAUACAAGAAGCGUAGCCAGUACAAACUCUUCUCGGGUAUCAUCGCCAAUAUCUGUAGCUGAUUCUAUUAUUACAAUGCCGGAUUCAAUAGACAGUACAGAGAUACCGGUUGCAACUAAAGAUCCCCUCGCUGCGUCAGAAGAUGAAUCCAAUGUUGUGCCCGCAAAACCAGUGAAUUUGCAGUCUUUUUCUCUUGACUACAACGAUUCCUCUACUCCGCCGCCUAUUCCUGUCAUUCCAUCAACGCGGACAUUACGAGGGAAACGGAGGAGGGAUGAUAGUCCAAAAGAAAAAGAAGUUCCAGCUAAAGGUGGCAAGAGGAUGAAAGUAAAGGGAAAGAGACAGGUCGAUAUAGAAUUAAGAAAAAGCAUUGAACAGAAAAAAGAGCAGCAAAUAAGUAGUAGCGAUGAAGUCAUAGAAAUAUCAGAGAAUGAACUUAAAAGCAAAAAAUCCGCGUCAAAGAAGAAAAAACCGGCUCCAAAAAGUAAAAAACCUCCAACAAUUACCAUCACUGAUGAUGAUUCUACAAGUACUCCAACUCCUGCGCCUGCGCCCAAACCUGUCAAAGUAAAAGUGGUUACACCAAGGAAACCGAUAAAUAGGCAUCCAGAAAAUAAAAAUAAGCGAGUAUUGGCAGGUCUUGAUAUAUCUAGCGAGAGUCUGAAUCUAGCAUCGAAUGUAAGGCAAUCUAGAAGAUUGGCUCAAAUAAAAAUUAAAGAACAAGUUGAGCCCAAGAAACCGGAACCGAAGUUCAAAGAGGAUAAAUUCAAAAGCAAAAAGAAGGGAGACAAGAAGUUACCGGAACCUGUCGUAGUAGAAACCAAAAAGAAGAAAAAGAAUAAAGAACAGAUUAAAGAAGUAAUUCCCGUACCUGAACCCGUCGAAGAAUCGACCAAGAAGAAGAGACGUAAAGGCAAGAAAGCGCCUAACUUCGACGAACAUCGUCCAUGGCUGUCAAGCAGCGGGUCAAGUGAGGAGGAACAUGAAGAGCUCGAAGAGGAAGAAGAAGUUAUUGAGGAAGACGAACCUCCUCUAGAUUUUAAGUCUGAUCACGAGUUUUCGCCAGAAAGUGAUCUCGAAACUGCUGAUGGAUACCAACCACCCAAGAGGGCUAGAACUGCCAGGAAAAAAGUAGAAGUCGAUUCUGAUGCACGGGAGGAAGAAGAAGACUUUCCAUGUCAGAAGUGCGGCAAAUCUGAUCAUCCGGAAAUGGUAUUGCUCUGUGAUAAAUGUGAUAACGGUUGGCACUGUUCAUGUCUUCGCCCACCUCUAUUAAGCAUUCCCGAAGGUGAUUGGUUUUGUCCGCCUUGUCAACAUCUAAAACUUGUUGAGAAUCUUCACGCCAAACUAGUAGAAUAUGACAAAAAGCUUACCAAAAAGGAAGUAGAAGAUAGACGAAAAGAACGUCUCGCCUACGUCGGCAUUAGUCUUAACAACGUACUACCCGCUAAAGAAAAAGAACACCGCAAAAAGAGACGAAGGCAUUCCUACGAUGGUACUCCGAGUAGUAGCGAACAAUCAGAAUCAUCAGAGUCAGAAGAGAGUGAUAGUAGCGAUAGUGAUGAACCGAUAUACCAGCUUAGGCAACGUAGACAAGCGAAGAGUUAUAAGUUUAAUGAAUAUGAUGAGCUUAUCAAAUCUGCGAUACAGGAUGAAAUUGAGGAGAAGGCGCACGAUAAAGCUACGCAAAGCCGCGGUAAAGAUAUCGCUACUAUAGUGAGAGCCGAAGAAGAGGAAAGAAAAGAGAGAGAACUUGCCGAAAAGGAAAAGACCCCUGAAGAAGUACCUGAAGAAAAGAAAGAGGGCGAAGAAAAAAAAGAUGAAGACAACGAGGACAAGAAUAAGAGUGACUCUGAUAAUGAAGUGAUUAAACCUGUGGUGAAAAGAAGGAAGAAGAGACGCACUUUGAAGAACCUGGAAUUUAGCAGUGAAGAUGAUGACGAGAAAGAUGAAGAUUUCAAGGGAUCGAGCUCUGUCAGUUCUGAAGAAGAACAAGAAGAUAGUGAUGAUAGUGAAGAUUAUGCGGUUGGUCGAAAAGGAAAGUCUUUACGUCCAGUUCGAAGGUCAACCAGAGCCAGAGUCUCACGCUUUGACUCAGAUUUUAUUAAUGAUGACGACGAUGAUAUUCCUAAGAAGAAAAAGAAAAAAGUCAAGUAUUUUGGAGAGACGGAGUCGAAUUCAGAAUCUGACGGCACGUGGGGCAGAAAAAAGAAAAAACCAGGCAGAAAAAAGAAAAAGAAGGACAGUAUACUUGACGAAUUAUCUGAUCUAGAAAUUAAGGUGAAUAAAAAGCGACCAAAGAUUAAAUAUGGUGGUUUAACAUCUAGUGACGAUGAUUUUGGAAGAGGGCGUAGGACUAGAGGAAAGAGAACUACCUAUAUUGACACAUUAGGAUCAGAUAGUGAAGAUGAAAGGCGUAGACGUGACAGACUUGGUCUAGUCAGUGACGACUACGACGAUGAAGACUUCGUAGCCAACGACGACGACGAAGAAAAGGAUAGCAUUCACAGCAAAGAGAGUGAAGUAGAAAAUGACAACGAAGAUGAAGAGAAAAAUGAGACUGAAAGAAAAGCUUUUGUACCUAAGAUUUAUAUUAAGAAACCACCUACAACAACUACAACAGCACCCGCCCCUGCUGCUUCUAAAGAACCCGAGAAACCAAAUCUAGCAAAGGAAAUUUCUAAAGAAAAAACAGAUGAAACUCUGGAUAAUAAAAUAGAAGAAAAGAAAGUAGAAAUUAAACAAGUUGCAGAAAAGGCGGCCGAAGAUAAACCGGAGAAAGCUGCAGUAAUUGAGAAGUUGAAAGAAACUUUGGAAGCGAAAGUCAUUCCUGUUCCAGUCUCUGCUCCUGUUCCAGUCUGUGCUCCUGUUCCAAUCCCUGCUUCUGUUCCAGUUUCUGCCCCUGUUCCAGUUUCUGCUCCUGUUCCAGUUUCUGCUCCAGUUACAGUUUCUGCUCCUGUUCCAGUUUCUGCUCCUGUUCCAGUUUCUGCUCCUGUUCCUAUUUCUGCUCCUGUUGCUAAAGAUUCUGAAAGCGAAGUGGAAUGUAAUAAACAAGAGAACAAAGCAGUAUCGAAUGCCAUAAAAGAAAGAAACGGUAACGGGGUUACAACAGAGGAAACUAAAAAAAAGAUUACGGAACACAUAGACAAGGUGAAAGAUUUAGUCAAAAAUUUAACACAAAUAGAAGUCGAAAAGAAGAAAAGAAAAUCCAUCGACGGUGAAUCGGAAGAGGUCAAUGACGUACAAGGAAAGAGGCAGCAAGUUUCCAAUAUUAGUCACGAACCAAUUGUCUCAAACUUUAGUGUAAUCAAUAAUGACGAUGAUAACGAAGAACUCUCGGAACCGCCUAUGAAUAUAAGUAUACCCUUCUUGGACGCGUUAAGUCAAAAAGAGGGAGAGGAGACUCCUAAAAAGAAACGAGGACGUCCAGUUAAACCUAAAAAGUCUUUAGAAGAAGCUAUAAUCAAUUUAGGAAAUAAGAAAACCUCUUCUGAACCAGAAUGUAAUAUCGAGAUAGCAGCUCCGCCUCAGCCAUUCUCACAAAGCGCCCCGACGCCGUCUGUGAUAACCAGAAUGUUACAAACUAAACCUGGUCAAACAACGACCUAUCCCAUAGGUUCCAUAAGGCCUAAACAGUUUGCUACCAUGCUGGACGAUGACGACGACGAGGAUGACAACGCUUUAAGUAAACCUAAAGACGAAUCACCGGCAAUGGCACAUACUGGAGGACCUCCGCCGGGAAGUUUUCCUCCAGGUGGACCAAGAGUACCAUUGGGCUUGCCAUUCAGACUAAGUUACCCUCAAAAUAUGAACCACUAUCCACAUGGAAUGAUUCCACCGCAUCAGAUACGGGGGCCACCUCAUACUUCAGGUGGUGGUGAAGAAUCCGGCGAAUUCGGUGGUUUAGUUUCUUAUUUCUCAAGCCAAAGGGACGAAGAUUUAGAAUCAUAGUUCGUAGUUGGAAGAAGUAACGAAGCCAUUAUUUUGACUGUAACUGUAAGUCUGUUAUAGGACAAAAAACCUCAACUGAAUAUUUUGGAUGAGCAAAGCUAAUGACCAAAUUUAUUUUUGGUUAAUCCUUAAAAUUAAAGGAAUAGUGAAUGUAUUUUAAUUUUUUAACAAAUACAAGUUAGAUAAAAUUGUGUAAAGACAUAUUAAUGCAAAAACAAUUAAUUUGUUAAUUAAUUAUUUAAAAUUUAUUAUUUUUCUGAUUGUGACAAGAGACUUAUCAGUCGGUUGGUUGUGAUACCGUAAAAAAGUUAUAAAAAAAGUGUUAAGGUCGUAAAAAGAGAAUAAUAUCAUUUUAAAUUGUAAACAAUAAGUGGAUUAGUAUUCCAGAGUGGUGGUCUAACCGCACUAUUCUGUGUGAUUAUCGAGAUAUGUAAUAAAAACAGAAGUUUCCAUAUCAACUCUGUUGUUCUAUAUUAUAUAUUGGAUACAAGUCUAGAAUGACACUUAUUCUGUUUGACCCCCCAAACUAUAGAGAGAGUUAAAAC